GCUGACCAUGGCGCUAUGCAGCCUGGCCGCGAAGACGCGGAUCCCCGCCGCCGCCGCUUCCGCUGCCCGGCUCCCGUCGCCCCCUCACGUUUCGCCGGCGUUCGGCACUUCGGCCCUUCCUUUCUCCUCCUCCAGUAAGAGCGCUAGAGACUGGUACCUGCUUCAGCGAGAACAUUAUGACAGUGUGACAAGAGAGUUAAAAAACUACAGCCGUGAGGUUGUGUGGACUGAAAGGCUAGCUAAGCUGCUUAAUGUGGUAUACGUGCUGGGUACGCCUUUUAUCGUUGGCCCUUUGGUCUUAAAAGGGAUUGCCAUUCGGAGAAUGUGAGGGGGUAGCAGCCAUCCACUACUUCGUCUAUUACUGCUGAUGCAUGUGAACUCGUAGUUCAGCACUCUCUUUGUGUUAACUGCCUGACUUUCAAGAGCAGAUAACCAUAUGGGAAUAAUGGCUUGUUGCGUCUGUGUCUUGACCUGCAUUGCGUCGCUGAUAACCUCGUGAUUAUGGCUUUAUGUAGAUUUGUGCAAGCGUACUUGUUUGCUGUAAUGGUUUGUCGCACUUGUUUGCCGUUAACUUAUGUCUAUCCCUA